AAAGCCAAACCUCCUAAAGAACAAACAAGUGAAAAUUUUGUCUUGGCCCGCAGACAGAAAGAACAGGAACUUCUUGAAUAUGCUGAUUUCUUAAAGCUCCACAACCAGUGUCGCUACGUCCAUGAGUGGCAACGACACAACGAACAAAAAUGGCUGCACAGCGCUGCACAGAGAAAGGUGGAUGCGACAAUGCGGGAAUACCUGGCAGGGACCGAUGAGAGAAGAGAGCGGCUUUGUAAGCUUCUGGAGGCAGAGGAAAGUAGGUACUUUGCUGAGAUGGAGGCACUUGAAGAAACGGUACAGGAGAAACACGGAAAGAUGAGGGAGUGAGCAAAAUUACUGAGAGAGAAGAGAGAAAAAGAAAGACAACAACUGGUGACUGAAAAACGAGAGCAGCAAUUCAGAGAACAAUGCGAGGAGCUUCGCAUACAGUGGAUGAAGAAGCAUCAGAAGGAAUUGUGUGAAGACCGGCUGGCCCAGCUAGCUCUGAAGGAGGAACUGAAAAAGCAAGAGAAGAAGGAGGAGCAGAUGUUUGCAGAGCUUUGGGAAGAGGACAGGCUGGCUAAGAAGCAAGAGGCGGCAGAGAUGCAGAAAUCAGCAGAACAGAAUCGGGAAAUCCUGAAUGUGCUCAGCGCCCAGGUAGCGGUGCUCAGUGCUUACAAAGAGGAGGCGAAGCGGCUGAAGGAGGAAGAGGCUCGAUUGCUGGAAGAACAGCAGCAACAGCUUAAGCUAGAAAAUGAACAACUUCAGAUGGAGAAACUACAGAAACAGAGGGAACACAGGGAUAUGUUGCUCAGUGCAGCACAGGACAAGCAGAAGCGUCUUAAUGAAGAAAAACAAAGUGAACUUGCCCUAGAGAUGAAGAUCUUAGAAAAAUCUCUUCAGGAACCCCAGGAGGACACUGAGGAGAAAACAAAAAGAAAACAAGAGCUCUUCAAGGAGCAACAGACUUACCUGGCACACCUGGCUCAACAGCUGGAGGAGGAGAAACAGCGAGAAAAAGAAGUGGACAAGCUCCUAGAUGAAGAGAUCGCAAAGGUUUGGGCCAAGAAGGCUGAGCAAAUGCGAUUAGAAAAGGAGGCUAGAAAGCAGCUGCUGAAAGAUGUCCUGGAUACAAGACAACUGCAGAUGGAGGAGAAAGUGCAGAGAAAUGCGAAGGAGCAGGAAGAACUCGCUCAAGAGAGGAAGUUAUUAGCUGAAGCAAUCACAGAGCUCAAGCACAUCGAAGAAGAAAAAUAUGCGAGAAAAGUAAAAGAAGCGAAAGAAUACCAGGAGCAACUCAGGGCUCAAAUUGCCUAUCAACAACAGGCCCGUGAUGCUGAGGAAGAAGAGAAGCAGCGAGAAUAUGAAUCGGGUCUAGCAGCAGAGAAAGCUUACCAGGAAAGGAUACAGGACAUUCUGUCAAGACCGUGUGAGAAACUAGCAAAACCCCACCCUUUGAGAAGAAAGCUAAUGUCUAACUCUCAAGAAGAUAAUUUACGAUGA